AUGAUUGCUAGAGAAUUCUUGGUUGGAGGCAAGACCAAAGCUUGGAUAAUCCCAGCCUUUGACUCAAAAUCCCUUAACAAAUGGGCCGAAGGCUCACGUUUUCAAAUCGGAGACUCACUAGUCUGGAACUAUGAUCCAAGCAAGAACUCUCUGCUUCAAGUGAGCGAAAAGGACUACGAGAGUUGCAGUACUUCGAGUCCUAUAGCAGUAUACAAAGAUGGGAACACCAAGGUGAAGCUUGAUAGAUCAGGGCCAUUAUAUUUUAUCAGUGGAAUUGAAGGCCACUGCGAGAAGGGCCAAAAAUUGAAAAAUAAUAGUUGCAAUCAUGAAUGUGUAAGUGUCAUAUAA